AUGUCGGUUCAUACGGAGGAAAUUGGUGGUUUUGUGCCGAAGAUGACCCGGAGUAGCUUGUCACGCGUUUCUCGAUUCAUCUCUCACAGAGAAAGUGGCCCUGUCGCUCAGCUCACAUUGUUUUCACACAAAGCCUAUUUGGAACAGAUGAUCAUGCUGUUGAACAUAAUUUCAAUAGUGAUCUGUUUGGCCGCGUUUUUGGCCAUUCCGAUGCUGAGAAUCCAAUUAUAUACGGCCAAACUAGAAGAUUGUCAGGAGGAGCACCAUGAAAAUUGUUACAGACUGAAUCAGACAAUUAGCUGGCCUCCCUACUUAUUUCGAUCUGGCCUGAAAUCUCUUUCUCCUCUGAUCGGAUCCGCUUUAGUGUAUGCCAAAGAUAACGGAACCAUUGAUCAAAUUGUUGAUGAAGCCAUAGAAGGCUUAAAUGAACGACUGAUGGAAUACCAAAUCACCUGGCCUUUGGACUUCUCCUGUUGUAUCGCAGUCAUUAUCCUGGACGUGAUACGCCGCAUCCGUCGCAUACAAAAUCAUCUGUACGACUCGGCCCCGAUGUUUGGUAUGAGUUUGAUGCUGUUCACCAUGACAUUUAUGCGAGCCGUGGAAACAUAUUUCUACUACAAUCUUCUCACCAGUGUUUCAUCUAUUCUCAGUGAGGUCAAUAAAGCGGUCAAACGACAAGCUGUCAGCCAGAAAGAGACAAUCCCUAUGAUGUUCUGUUUGGAACCGCCGAAAAUUCAUUUUGCCGUUUCCAUGCUUGGAUUAUUCUUGUCAGUUUUGGAUAUCACCAUGAUUUUGGAUUAUAUGGAUCCAGUGUGA